AACGAAACGUAAAGGACGAGGGGUAUUCUCUGGCCUUGAAAAAGUAUACAGCCUUUGGUUCUAGAAAUGUCUCCCUAUCUUCCGGGCUGCGUGUUGAACGUGACAGUUCAUUUGUAGAACAUGAGCGAGCUACGAGAGUAAUGAGCUACCAAGGGCAACAUUUUUCUUGCCGGUCAAACAACAUGGCAUGUACGCUUUGACACGUUAAUUUACCGAAAUAAUAGUUAGAAGCAACUCACUGAUGAAGCUGUAAAAGCUUAAUGAUCAACAACUACAUUAGGGUCUGUUCCAGUAAAGGAGAUGCUAGUAUCACAAUUUCACAAUGAAAUAUCAAAUAAAAUUUGCGUUUUUCGUCGGUGUUCUCUUGUGUCAUAAGGUUGUAUCCGGGCUGUGUCCUUAUCGGUGCCAGUGUGACGAAAAGAAACUUAUGGUUUUUUGUGAUGGUGCGAAACUGGAUGUUGUACCCAUCACUUUGAACCCUGACUUACGACAACUGCAUUUGGGAAAAAAUAGUAUAAGGAGCAUAAUGUCAGCAUUUAGUGUCUACCAUAACCUUGAGUAUUUAGAUAUGAAUGGGAAUCACCUGGUGACCUUGGGAAAAAAUAACUUUGAGCGUCAACACAGACUUCAGAUUCUUCUUCUCAGCCAUAAUAUGAUUUCUUCCUUGCAUCAAAUGUCAUUUUUGGGCUUGAAUUCCCUGGAGAUUUUAAAGCUUGCGGGAAAUGUUAUCCGAGAACUUCCAUCAGGAGUCUUCAAAGAAUUAUCUAGCCUUGAAGUUUUGGAUUUGUCUAAAAAUAACAUUGUGACCAUUUCGAACGAUGCCUUUAUCGGAUUAUCAAGGAUAAAAAUCCUCUUACUUCGAGAAAACAAGCUAGAGCAAAUUCCUAAGCCAGCUUUCGAGCCCAUACCUUAUCUCAUAAGCUUGGAUUUAGGCCAGAAUUCUAUUCUCUUGGUUGAAGACCACGUAUUUUCAAAUCUAUUAGAAUUAAAAUUGCUGAAACUGGACAGCUGCAGAAUACAUGAGAUUCAUAAGCACGCAUUUGCUGGGCUUAAUCAUCUUACUGACCUUUUACUUCAAGAUAAUGAGCUUAAAGACAUCCCUACUGAAGCUCUGCAGGACUUGGAAACAGUACAGGAACUCAAAAUCGGGCAAAAUAACUUCAGAAAAAUCCAAAAUAACGCAUUUGCAGGCCUAAAAAAUCUCCGAUCCCUCAAUAUUAACAGCGCGCCUCUGUUAGAGAGAAUUGAAAACCAUGCUUUCUUAAGCAACAGUAAUUUACAACAUAUAGUUAUGAAUCACAACAAAGAACUCCGUUAUAUUGGCAAAGAUACUUUCUCGGUUCUCUCUUCUCUUCGCACAAUUAGUCUUCGUGACAAUGCCUUCUAUACUGUUCCUGCCGAAGUACUCCCUUGGCAAAAUUUAGAAAGUUUUGAUGUACGAGAUAAUCCACUUGUAUGUAAUUGUAGCCUACUCUGGCUUCUACGUUUUGUGCAAAAUUUUAACUAUUCUAGUAUUAUUGAUCCUGACAUCACACGUAUUACGUGUGAAACCCCGCCCUUUCUACUUGAUCUAUUAUUGAAAGAUUUGACUCCAGAGGACUUGGGAUGUUAUAGAUCAGAAACACAAAAAAUAUUGACAUGGACGUUUGCUGUAGUCGGAGUGCUGGUCAUAGUAGUAAUAGUGAUAAUUUUGUGGUACCGCCAGAAAGUGGCUACUGACCUGAAAAUUAAAUGCAGUACAAGCUUGUCUGACUCACAGUUUGAUGCUAGAUAUGGCCAGGAUAGUUUUAGGAACGGGCUUACCCCUGAAAGGGAGUGGAUGGUUAAGAUAGGCAAGGAAUCCUACCCAGGAAGGCUUGUUUGACUUUCUUCCAAUAAACACAUUCAAAUUUGACUUCGACGAAGAAGCUGGAAAAUUGAUAAAUUGGAAAAUAUGGAGAUUUCAACGUAAAGCAUUGAAAAUUCACAUAUUUAUUACUGGAAACUCAAAGUUCGUGUUUGAGCAGAGUGAAUAAAGUGUGGUAUUGAGUUAAUAAGUAAAAAGAAGAGAACUUAACAUUUAAAUUUAAUGACAUCACUUUAACAGUUAGGAUAAAAGUUGAAAAUUACCGCUUUAUUUCCUUUAUCGUUAAGAAGAUGUUCUUGGGUUAGAUGACAGCGUAACUCAUUCUAUAUCAAAUAAUAAAGUGCCGAAGACACUUUUCUUGAUUCUCUUCUUCUUUGAAAUUAACUCUUUUUUUUUUAAACGAGUGAAAUAUUCAUCCAACUUUUGAGAAAAUCGAUUUAAUUUAUCAUUUAUAAAUACAUACUAAUUAUAUGGUGUUUUUACGAUAGUGAUAAUUCUAAAAUCGCUUGUCUUUUGGAAUUGCUUAAAAAUAAUAUAAUUUAAGUUUAUUUUGCGAAAAAGUGUUCAAACAAAUGAAUAAUAAAAAGAACCAAUUGUACAUGGAUUAAAUCAGAACAAGCCUGGAUAGUAAUUCUCUGAAGUAGAUAUUUUUUCUGUGUUAUUGUUAAAACAAUUUUGUGUAUUGGUGGUGGUAUAAAGAAAUAGUUGAUACCGGAAAUUUUUUCACGUAUUAAUGACUAGCUAUAAACAUCUGAUUUCGUGCUCUAUAACCUCUGUACAUAAAAUACGCAUGAUAUGAACAGAAUGUACUAGAAUUUUAGCUUGUGUACAUAUAUUUGUAAUGCUAUCUGCUUUCCUUAAGCUCUUUCAUAUUUGUAAGAAAUAUAUAUAUAUGUAUGUUACAGAUAAAUUCCUGAGUGUAUAAAUUAUUAUUUAAUGUUACUUAAAAUGAAUUUCCUUCCUGUAUUUGGGUAAGCUGUAUUGUAACAUGUGUAGUGCAUCAUAUAAUCAUAUAAUGUAUCGUUUUCAAAA